CAGGCCUCGGGAAAGUUUGUGGGACGCUGACAAACUCUGCAAGGUGGCCCAGCGCUGACUGAUGCGGCGCCCGCUUGCAGCUACCUGCCCCGGGGCGUCAGAAUCGCAGGCGCAGCCCCCGAGCCUUGCCCCCUCGCGGUCCUUGAACUGCCCAGGCUCUCUCGCCCAUGGCGGUGGCCGAGCUGUACACGCAGUAUAACAGGGUUUGGAUUCCGGAUCCUGAAGAAGUUUGGAAAUCUGCCGAAAUAGCAAAGGACUACAGAGUCAGUGACAAAGUCCUGCAGCUCCUCCUGGAGGAUGGAACGGAGCUGGAUUUCUCUGUUGAUCCAGAAUCUCUGCCUCCGCUCCGGAACCCUGACAUCCUCGUGGGUGAGAAUGACCUCACGGCCCUCAGCUAUCUCCACGAGCCCGCAGUGCUCCACAAUCUCAGGAUCCGCUUUGCAGAGUCCAAACUCAUUUACACCUACAGUGGGAUCAUUUUGGUGGCCAUGAAUCCUUACAAGCAGUUGCCGAUAUAUGGAGAUGCCAUCAUCCAUGCCUACAGCGGGCAGAACAUGGGCGAUAUGGACCCACACAUAUUUGCCGUGGCAGAAGAGGCAUACAAGCAGAUGGCCAGAUGGAAACCUGAAAUUGGUGUAAUUUUGGGACUUUUCUUUCUUUUACAGUCAGAAAAUGAACGAAAUUACCACAUUUUCUAUCAGCUUUGUGCAUCCUCACAGCAGGUGGAAUUUAAACAUCUUAAAUUGGUUUUCUUAUUUGCUAUUUGGUUUGCUUUUCUCUUCCAGUUACCACAUGGCACUGAUGAAAACUGGCUUCAAAAGCUGUACAAUAAUUUCGUCAACAAGAACUCUUUGUUUGAAAAACCCAGAAUGUCAAAUACAUCCUUUAUCAUCCAGCACUUUGCAGAUAAGGUUGAGUAUAAAUGCGAAGGUUUCCUUGAAAAGAACAGAGACACCGUCUAUGACAUGUUGAUUGAAAUCCUGAGAACAAGCAAGCUGCUGACCUAUAAACGAAUGUAUAUGUCCUCCAAGUUAUAUUUUAACUUGUUUAAACUGUAUUUCAGUUUUGAAACCUUUGAUGUCAACAGCUUUGAACAGUUUUGCAUCAACUAUGCUAAUGAAAAACUGCAGCAGCAGUUUAACCUGCAUGUCUUUAAACUUGAACAAGAAGAAUAUAUGAAGGAAGAUAUCCCUUGGACUCUGAUAGAUUUUUAUGACAACCAACCAGUUAUUGACCUGAUUGAAGCAAAAAUGGGCAUUUUGGAGUUACUGGAUGAAGAAUGCUUGUUUCAUCUCUGUGCCAAAUUUUUCCAAGAAAAUCCAGUUCCUCCUUCCCCUUUUGGUUCAGCAAUCACGAUUAAAUCUGCAAAGCAAGUCAUCAAGCCAAACAACAAGCUGUUCCGGACCACAGUGGGGAGCAAGUUCCGGAGCUCUCUGUCCUUACUCAUGGAGACCCUCAACGCAACCACGCCCCACUAUGUUCGCUGCAUCAAACCCAACGAUGAGAAAUUGCCCUUUGAGUUUGACUCCAAAAGAAUUGUUCAGCAGCUGCGAGCCUGCGGCGUUUUAGAAACGAUUCGCAUCAGUGCACAGAGCUACCCUUCCAGGUGGACAUACAUCGAGUUCUACAGUCGUUACGGUGUCCUCAUGACCAAGCAGGAGCUUUCGUUCAGCGAUAAAAAGGAAGUGUGCAAAGUGGUGUUACACAGGCUCAUCCAGGAUUCUAAUCAGUACCAGUUCGGUAAAACCAAAAUUUUCUUCAGAGCAGGGCAAGUGGCUUAUUUAGAGAAACUCCGAUUAGAUAAACUGAGGCAGGGUUGUGUUGUGAUACAAAAGCACAUCCGUGGCUGGCUCCAGAGAAAAAAAUUCCUCCGAGAGAGACAAGCUGCCCUGAUAAUCCAGCGUUACUUCCGGGGUCAGCAAACCGUGAGGAGAGCUGUUACUGCAACGGCCUUGAAAGAGGCGUGGGCAGCCAUCAUCAUUCAGAAGCACUGUCGUGGAUAUCUUGUUCGCAAUUUGUACCAACUGAUUCGCGUGGCCACCAUCACCAUCCAGGCCUACACCCGCGGAUUCCUGGCAAGGAGGAGGUAUCGAAAGAUGCUAGAGGAACACAAGGCUGUGAUCCUUCAGAAAUACGCUCGGGCUUGGCUGGCCAGACGAAGAUUCCAGAAUAUCCGGCGAUUCGUGCUCAACAUUCAGCUUACUUACAGGGUCCAGCGUUUGCAGAAAAAGCUAGAAGAUCAGAACAAAGAGAACCACGGGCUGGUGGAGAAGCUGACCAGCCUGGCUGCCGUUCGGGCCAGUGACAUGGAGAAGAUUCAGAAACUGGAAUCGGAGCUGGACAGAGCCAUUGCCCACAGAAACAAUUACGAGGAGAAGGGGAAGAGAUACAAGGCCACUGUGGAAGAGAAAUUGGCAAAGCUUCAGAAGCAUAAUUCAGAACUGGAAACACAAAAAGAGCAAAUACAGCGGAAGCUACAGGAGCAGACUGAAGAGCUGAAAGGAAAAAUGGACGACCUCACCAAGCAGCUCUUUGAUGAUGUACAAAAAGAACAACAACAAAGGAUGCUCCUUGAAAAAAGUUUUGAACUAAAAAUACAAGACUAUGAGAAGCAGAUCUGGGCUUUGAAAGAAGAAAGUAAAGCUCUCAAGGAUGAGAAAAUGCAACUGCAGCAUCAGGUGGAGGAAGAACGUGUCACUUCUGAUGGCUUAAAAGGGGAGGUGGCCCGACUGAGCAAGCAGGCAAAGACAAUCUCUGAGUUUGAAAAGGAGAUAGAGCUUCUUCAAACACAGAAGAUAGAUGUGGAGAAGCAUGUGCAGUCACAGAAACGGGAAAUGAGAGAAAAGAUGUCAGAGAUCACCAAACAACUUCUUGAAAGCUAUGACAUUAAAGAUGUAAGAAGCAGGCUCUCGGUGGAAGAUUUGGAACAUUUAAAUGAGGAUGGAGAACUUUGGUUUGCUUAUGAAGGACUCAAGAAGGCAACACGCGUUUUGGAGAGCCAUUUCCAGUCCCAGAAGGAUUGCUAUGAAAAGGAGAUUGAAGCUUUGAACUUCAAAGUGGUUCAUCUAAGUCAAGAAAUCAACCACCUGCAGAAGUUAUUUAGAGAAGAGAAUGACAUCAAUGAAAGUAUUCGUCAUGAAGUUACCAGGCUAACAUCAGAAAACAUGAUGAUCCCAGACUUUAAACAGCAAAUUUCAGAACUGGAGAAACAGAAGCAAGUUCUUGAAAUCCGCCUGAAUGAGCAAACUGAAAACAUGAAAGGAAAAUUAGAAGAAUUGUCUAAUCAGUGGAUUCGCAAUCGAGAAGAGGAAGGAACGCAAAGAAGGCCCACAGAAGGCCACAGUGAAAUCCUCACCACAGAGAAAGAGAAGCCGGUGGGCAAGAGUCAAGAAAUGCAAGAGGCCAGCAAGCACUUGAAGAAACAAUUUGAAACUGAAAGUGAAGUCGAGAGUAGUUUCCUGCAGGAAGCAUCUCGUCUCACUAUGGAAAACAGGGAGCUUGAAGAAGAGUUAGACAUGAAAGAGAGAGUGAUUAAAAAGCUACAAGAUCAAGUCAAGACUCUAACCAAGACGAUUGAAAAAGGAGAUAUAGCCACACAGGAGGAAUUCAUGAAGUAUAACAGUCCACAUCAGAAUAAGAAUUGCUUGAACAAUUUUGACCUGUCAGAAUACAGACAGAUUCUUAGUGAUGUGGCUAUACGAAUAUAUCAUCGGUUCAUUGCCGUAAUGGAAAAUAGCAUUCAACCAAUAAUAGUGCCAGGCAUGCUGGAGUAUGAGAGCCUGCAGGGCAUUUCCGGCCUGAAGCCCACAGGCUUCCGGAAGCGGUCAUCCAGCAUAGAUGACACCGACGCCUACACCAUGACCUCAGUCCUGCAGCAGCUGAGUUAUUUCUACAGCACCAUGUGCCAGAAUGGCCUGGACCCCGAGCUUGUGAGGCAGGCUGUGAAGCAGCUCUUCUUCUUGAUCGGGGCGGUCACCCUGAACAGCCUCUUCCUGCGCAAGGACAUGUGCUCCUGCAGAAAAGGGAUGCAGAUCAGGUUGUGNAACAUGAUUCCCGGGCUGCCGGCUCACAUCCUGUUUAUGUGUGUCCGCUACGCAGACUCUCUCAACGACGCCAACAUGCUCAAGUCCUUCAUGAACAGCACCAUUAAUGGCAUCAAGCAGGUGGUUAAGGCUCUCCUAAAUAGUCGAGAGGACUCGUCACAGCUGAUGUUGGAUACCAAAUACCUCUUUCAAGUCACGUUUCCUUUUACCCCCUCUCCCCAUGCUCUGGAAAUGAUCGAGAUCCCCAGCAGUUUCAAGCUAGGCUUUCUCAAUAGAUUAUAGCAGCAGAAGAAAGAGUAGAGGCACUUUUCCCUCAAAGGCUAAAUAAAGUUCAAGUAUGGGGAUGGGGAUUGUUAAUUGGAACUGGAAAUGCUCUGGGAUGUGAUUUAAGGAAGAAAAUAAGAAUUCUCCCAAAUGGGCCACAUCUUGUGUCACUCACUGUGAUGCUGUGGCCACUGUCAUUUUGUAAAACUUAACACACCCCAGCUGUGGCCAUGUCUAGCCUUGAAAUCUCAGCUAGCUUUUACUGAAAUUCCUGGAAGGCUCAUGUUCUCUUCCUGGUGCCUCUUGGUCUAGAUCUGUCUUGUACAAGCCUCCACCCGGCGGGCAUAAGAUCCGGGGAGACACUGUUUCCAAAGUUUUCUAAGGUUCAUGUGAAGUCCAGGUACAUUUAUGAAGCCACAGUGGUGUCCAGGCCUAUCUUCCAGGAAAUAAUUCCAUUUGGCCAUGAUGGCCUCCCAAAGAGCCUCUUACCCCGUGCCUAAGUGUGCGCUGAGUUUCACUCUCCUUUUACUAAAAAUAUUCCUGCAUAUAAAAGUAUUUAUUAUCUCAGAUCCCUCUAAUUUUUAAGAAAACACUCAAUUUGAAAAGUAUCACAUGAAGUAUUUUUAUGUAUAUAUCUAUUUAAAACUAAUGUAUUGUUAAAGCUUAAUUGCCACAUUUAUCAUCUUUUCUGAAACAACAUUUCUUUAAAUCUCAUCUGCCAACAUAUUUGCCAUCAUUUGCCGGUUUAUUAUCUUUCAUACAAUAACUUUUUUUUAAAACACAGCUUAGAAAAGCAACCUAAAUGAUUUUUUCUAUCUUAUCAGCAUUCAAAUAUGUUUUAAAUUUUUCUCAUAAAAAUGCCUGAAGAAUUGUAUCAGGUUCCUCCUUUUGAGAAGUCAGUGUUUCCCAAGUCUUAUGGGAACUGACUAUUCCUCGUCCUCCCAUGCCCUCUCAUUCCUUCCUUUCAGAGCAUAAAACGUCAUUUCAUCAGCCCUCCUUGCCUGUGGCCUGUGGCCCCAGAACGCUUCUGCAGCACCCCACAAAUCCCAACUGGCACUUCUGUCUCUGAAAGUCACAGGCAGUAGGUGUGACUCUGUAACAUAGACAUUUCUCUUAGCAGUGAAAAUAAUAUAUGAUCUCCCUAGUAAUAUGUAAUAAUGUCUUUACAUAUUAUAAAUGAUUGAAUUUAAUGCCUUUAGAUACACUGCAUAUGAAGAAAUAAAAAGUAGAACUUUGUAAUAUUUUAAUCAAUAAAAUGAA